AUGCCGUUCGUGGGCAGCCGCGACGAUGACAGCCUCCACCCGAGCCGCAAGCGGCGGCGGGAGGAUGGCGACGGCGGCGGCGUGUACCGACUCUACGACGCGGAAAAGCAGACGCCCGAGUUUUACCUCCUCAACCACCACCACCACCACCACCACCAGCCGGACCUGUCGCCGCGGAAGAUAAUGCCUCUCUCGAAGCGGGCUAGGAUCUCCGACGACGACGACGAGGUGCAUCACCUGCACGACGACCUUGCAGCAGCCGCAGCAGCAGCAGCAGCAGCACCGCUCGCCCACCGGCGACGGUCUCCGCCGCAGCCCAAGAUACUACAAGACCAGCGUUCCCUCGGGAACAAAACGCCAUCCACACACGCGCAACAGCCGUCCGCACGACCCACGACAGCCUGCACGUUGCUAGCGCCGUGCCACAUAUGCCAUCGCCGGCCGACCAAGAAGUCCGACCUGGACUCGUUCGCCGAGUGCCUGGGCUGCGGGGAGCGCACGUGCUUCGUAUGCAUCCGCGAAUGCCCCGGCUGGAACGCCGACGAAGGAGCCGCCUCGGUGCUCUCCGAGCAGGAAGUGCUGUCCCGGUCGUUUCACAUGGACGACGUCGACGAUAUGAACCGCGACGACUCGGCGGAGCCUGAACGACGGCCGCGGGAAGUCAAGGAUGGCAAGGGAUGGGACGCGUGCGGGCACCGUGCCGUGGUGUGCAGCCGCUGCUGCGUCGAGCGCGGACGCGAAGGCGAGGUGGUAUGCCUGGGCUGCCUGUCCGGCAUGCCGGGCGCCUGA